AUGACCCAUGAUGAGGACAGUAUGACCCAUGAUGAGGACAGUAUGACCCAUGAUGAGGACACUAUGAUCCAUGAUGAGGACAGUGUGACCCAUGAUGAGGACAGUUUGACCCGUGAUGAGGACAGUUUGACCCAUGAUGAGGACAGUUUGACCCAUGAUGAGGACACUAUGACAAAUGAUGAGGACAGUAUGACCCAUGAUGAGGACAGUAUGACCCAUGAUGAAGACAGUUUGACCUAUGAUGAAGACAGUAUGACCCAUGAUGAGGACACUAUGACAAAUGAUGAGGAUAGUAUGACCCAUGAUGAGGACAGUAUGACCCAUGAUGAGGACAGUUUGACCCAUGAUGAGGACACUAUGACAAAUGAUGAGGACAGUAUGACGCAUGAUGAGGACAGUAUGACCCAUGAUGAGGACAGUUUGACCCAUGAUGAGGACACUAGGACAAAUGAUGAGGACAGUAUGACGCAUGAUGAGGACAGUAUGACCCAUGAUGAGGACAGUAUGACCCAUGAUGAGGACAGUAUGACCCAUGAUGAGGACAGUUUGACCCAUGAUGAGGACAGUUUGACCCAUGAUGAGGACAGUAUGACACAUGAUGAGGACAGUUUUACCCAUGAUGAGGACAGUUUUACCCAUGAUGAGGACACUAUGACAAAUGAUGAGGACAGUAUGACCCAUGAUGAGGAAACUAUGACCAACGAUGAGGACACUGUGACCCAUGAUGAGGAACUGUGA